AUGGCGAAACCAAAACUCGUCCUUUAUGUUGACGUUGUCAGUCCAUUCGCUUACCUUGCAUUCCACAUCUGCUACACAUCUCCCGUUUUUAAAGGAUGCGAUGUCACCUACGUCCCUGUGUUCUUGGGUGGGAUCAUGAAAGCGACGGGGAAUAGACCACCUCUCCAGAUUAAAAACAAGGGCGAAUGGAUUGGCAAAGAGCGGCUCCGCUGGGCCAAGUCAUUUAAUAUACCCAUGGCUGAGGGCAUUCCUCCCGGAUUCCCUGCCAACACGAUCAAAGUCCAGAGAGCUUUAACUCUUGUGGGAAUUCUGCAUCCACAGAGAUUGGCAGAAACCCUUGCUGCUGUCUUUCAUGCAUCGUUUGCGGAGCAGAAAGAGGUCCAUACCCCGGAGAGUCUCACGCCUAUUUUCGAAAAGAUAUUUGGGGAGGAGGGAACAAAGGAAAUACUGACAAAGUCGACAAGUGACGAGGUCAAGCAGCGUUUGACAGCUAAGACCAACGAAGCGCUUGCAGAAGGCAGCUUUGGACUGCCAUGGUAUGUUGCUACCAAUGCUGAAGGAGAAAAAGAGUGCUAUUGGGGAUUUGAUCAUAUUGCUCAAGUCACAGAUCAUUUGGGACUCGAAAGGCCAGGAUCCGAUAGUGUCAGUGGAACAGGCUGGCGAGCCAUGUUAUAA